AUGGAGGUGUACGUGUGCAUUCAUUCCCGUCACCCCACUCUCUCCGUCCCGACCGUGUCCUUGAUGUGCGCCGGCCUCGCUCCCCUGGACCCCACUGCGUUGCGGGGGGCAGACUCACUGCCAUCCCUGGGUGGGGGCUUGGCCAGCCCACAUUUGUGCGAAUCCGAACGGGACUCCCGGCAGGGGGCCGUCGAAUUGCAGACCGUGUGUGCCCCCGAUGCACCCACACCUGAGGCCCUGCCCUGGCCCGCGCCCGCAGAGCAUGGGGCCCCGCGUGGCCCUGCGUGGCCCGUGCUCUUCCAGGGCGAGAGCGCUGGCCUGAGUUACCGCGUGCCCUCACUGCUGCCGGUGCCCCCCGGGCCCACCCUGCUGGCCUUGGCGGAGCGGCGGCUGAGCCCCGACGACGUCCACGCCCACCGCCUGCUGCGGAGGACCCGCACGCUGGCUGGGGGCUCUGUGCGUCCCUCUCCUGGGGCCCGGCCCGGGGUUGCAGCCGGGGUGCUGGUGCUGCCUGACCGUGGGGACCAGCAGCACCUCCUCCCUGCAGACCGGGCCACGUUGGCCGUCGGCUCCAGCCGUGGCGUCCGGCUGUGCUCGGGCCGCCCGCUGGUGCCGGCCUGUGUGGACCGGCGAGAGUGCUUCGGUGAGAUCUGCGGGACCCGCCCCCGCUCCCGCCGCACCUGGCCCCACGGGGGCCUCGUGCCCAACGUGCGCUCGGGCCAGGACCAGUUGGCGGUGGUGGACAGCGGGCCGGCCGGUGGCAUCCUCUCCCGCAAUGCCCGGGGCCCUCUGGGCAGCCACGUGCAGCUGCUCAGUGUAGACGAGGGCGCCUCCUUCCUGCCUGGGGAGCUGGAACUCGCCCUGGCCGGGACCGCCGGGGGCUGUUGGGGCAGCAUUGCGGGCUUUCUGGCCCCGCGCUCCAGCAGGCCAGAGGGUGAGGGGUGCUCCGUGGGUACCAGGAACCCCCUCCACCCUCCACACCUCUGCCCUGGGCCCCAGGAACCCCCAGAGGAAGGAGGGCGCUGGAGACACCCUAGGGGCGGCGUGGGUGGGACAGAGGGCGGUGGGGGUGGCCCCGGGGAGCCUGGCCCAGGGCCUGGGCUUGGGGGGAAGAGGGGGGCCCGGACCCCCAAGCUCCCGGUCCCCUCGGCCUUGUCUCGGAGCCCCACGUGGCUGCUGUGUUCCCACCCGGCGGGGCGCAGGGCACAGAUCUACAUGGGCAUCCGCCUGAGCCGGUCCCCCCUGGAGCCCCACAGCUGCCCGGAGCCCUGGGCCAUCCACGAGGGCCCCAGUGGCUACUGUGACCUGGCGUCCAUCAGGCCCACCCCCAAGAGAGCCCUGACCUUCGCCUGUCUGCACGAGAGUGGGACUGGGGUCCCCUACGAGGAGCUCUCCUGCAUGUUCUCCCUGAAGGAGGUCCCGGGGAACGUGAGGGCAGACCGGCCCCCCAGCCUUGGGGACGAGCCUCUGGGGCUCUGCCGGCCCUCCUGGUGGGCCUCUGGCCAGGCCUGGCCCCGGGUGCCCAGGAGGAACCGGGGAGGGGGGCAGGGGUGGAGGAUGCUGGGAGGUGGCGGGGUUGGGGUGUCGGUGUGA